AUGUUAACAAAUACUUAUAGGGAACAAGAGAAGGUCAUUGUUAGGUCCAAAGAAGGUGUUGAACAAAAUUCCCUCUUUGGUCAUAUUGUGAUGUAUUUCCAACAUGGAUUCAGGCAGAUCCCGCAUAAAUUUUGGUCUAGCAUUCAGAAUUUAAUAAAAGAUAUAAGCAAAAACAAUGAUAUUACUAGGAUCAAUAAACAAAAAUCACAAACAUAUACAGAAAGAUUACUAACAAGGCAGACAUGGCUUGAUAAAAAUAUAUUUCUAGAUAUUAACAAGCUUACUAAUAUACCAAUGUUACUCCCAUUCCAGCCUACAACAUAG